UGUAACGGUUGAACUAUUUUGUGUCAAGUUGAUUGAAGAGUCAGGGUUUCAUAUGCGUGCUUUUGUAAGUGACAUGGGAUGUCUUAAUAGGAAACUUGAAAUAGGCUUGAGUUUAAGUCAUCAAACGUCUUAUAUAGUUAAUCCAUGCACAGAAAAUUGUAAGAUUUAGGCUUUCUAUGACGUUCCUCACAUGUUAAAACUAGCAGGAAACCACCUAUUAGACGAAGUAAUAGCUUUCCAAUGAAAUAAAAAAUAUAUGUACCGUCGUUUUAAGCCUAUAUGUAAAAUAUGAUGAAAUUAUGAAAUUUUAUUCGUUGUGCACCAUCUCACAUUUUGUCAAGUGUCUAUGGAGGUAAAAAUAAAGUUCAAUAUUAAUAUAGGUAAUUAAUUGAAUAAACAUUAUAGUAGUAUGUUAUACGUUUUUCAGGUAUGUUCGGAUAUAAAACGGCUCAUUAAUUCGUAAUAGAUAGUAGAAAUCAUACCCCUUGUAUGUUCCGGGUUUGUCGGAACUGCUCGGCUAUGCCCCACUCUCACACCGAGGUGUAGCCUAUGAUCAGUCCAUGCAGGUGGCCCACGAGGAGCUCGUGGAAGGAGAGGGGCGUGUCAAUGGAGUUGGAACUUGUUGGAAGGGUCAGUGUCAGGCGAGUGCUGGUUAUAGUUGGUGUCGUGUCUGUGGAUUACAUAAAGACCGCUCGUUACAUGUAGCGUAGGCAAACGCGGCGUCAAGAAAACUGUGCGCCUACGACAAGAUGGCGGCGGUCGGAAAUGAGUCAUCCUAGUGGCGAGCGUCUGGCCAGCACUCCUUCGCUUCGUGCAGUCUGUGUGCAUGGUGAAUACUCCACAGAACACUUGUCAUUGCUGUGUUCACUAGUUUCAUAAGUUCAUGCCUACUUCGUGCGUUGCCUACGGCUGUGUGAACAGAGGAAAAAUUGAAGGAAUUACCUACCACGGUUUUCCGCAAGAUGAAGGUACAAAACAAAAAUGGAUAAGUGCUAUCAAACGAAAAGACUGGGAACCAAAAAAACACAGCAGAGUAUGCUCGUCACAUUUUCGGGAAGAAGACAUCGAUCGGACAUCAUUGUGCCGUGUACGAAUUCGAGAAGGAGCUGUUCCUGUCACCUUUAAAGCUUUCCCAGAGAAGUCACAGUGAGCAAUGCCAAGGAAACGCAAAGGGGCUGAUUUGAGCCGUAAUACAAGUAGAUCUAGAAGCAUGAGAAAUAGAAGAUCCCAAAGAACUGAAGAACAAAUCCAGCAACAAAAUACUGAUGCACGUGUGAGCAUGGCGCAAUUGCGUCAAGAACAAUCAGAAGAUACACGAGCUGAACGCAAUGAAAUAAUAAGAUUACAACGACGGCAAUCACGCCGUUUCAAAGUUAAUAGACGCAGAACAAAUGACCAACAACGCCA